AUGCCAUUUGUUUUUUUCUACUCCAAAAACCAAGUAAAUGCCAUCCCAAAUGGGCCUAAACAGAUAUUAAAUCUUCUAACAGACUCUUUGUCAAAAGCUUUAUCUCAUUACUGUCCAUGGGCUGGAAGUCUGAAAGAUAAUGCCACUAUUGAAUGUGAUGACCAUGGGGCUGAGUUCUUGGAAGUACAAAUCAAUUCUCCAAUGGAUAAAGUUGCUAAUCACCCUAAUUCAAAUGUCAAUGAUUUGACAUUUCCUCAAGGUGUACCUUGGGCAAAUGGCGUGGAUCGGGCCUUAACUGUAGCUCAAUUAAGCCAUUUUGAAUGCGGAGGAAUAGCACUCAGUGUCUGCAUGUCACACAAAAUAGGAGAUGGAAGCAGUGUUCAUUGUUUCUUGAGGGAUUGGGCCUCAUUAACUCGAAGUUCAAAUACAAUUAGACCAUCUCCUUAUUUUGUCGAGGACUCCAUUCUAGCAUCGCCAACUGGCGCUGGUCCAUUGGUUUGCCCUGUUCGUCGAUUAAAUGCGGAAACCAGUGCCCAUUGUGUCCAAAGAAGGUUUAUUUUCUCUCGCACAAAGCUAAGUGCACUAAAAUCCUUAAUUGGGAUGCAAAAUGUAACGAGCAACGAAGCCAUGAGUGCACUUGUCUACAAAUGUGCUGCAUUUUCUGCAACUAUGCUCAAUUCAGGUUCAUUCAAGCGAUCUCAGUUGGUCCAGUUCUUUGAUUUGCGACAAAUGAUUUCACCCCAGCUACCACCAAACUCCAUUGGAAAUAUCCUUACAGUAUUUUCCUCACCAAUAUACCACAAUGAGGAAGAACUCAAGUUACCAAAGUUAGUGACCGAUAUAAGAAAGUCAAAACACAACCUCUCCACAAGAAAUAAUGUUGAAGAAAAUGAGUUGGCUAUUGAGAUGCUAGAUGCAUAUAGAACAGGGAAGUCGAUAUUCCAUAAAAGGGAAUGUGAUGUGUACCUUUCGACUAGCUUACGUAAGUUCCCAUUAAUACAAGAUUUAGAUUUUGGAUUUGGGAAGCCUAUUAGAGCAAGCUUGGCAAAGGGUCCAUUUAACAAGGCUAUUCUCUUGAUGAGGACAUAUGAUGGAGGAAUUGAAGCAUCUGUUAACUUGAAUGAAGAUGAAAUGUGUGUGUUCGAGCAUGAUAAGCAACUUCUUGAAUUUGCUACUCCUAUUAGUCAGGACUUUUAA